AUGGAUACACAUCGCGAGUCGAGGACUGCCUCCUUCUACAAUAUCCCGCCCCUGCACCUGGUCAGCGUGGAACACCCUGCAGUGAUCCGCAACCUUGAUAAAGCCGUCGCCACGCUGCAGGGCAACACCGGCAUCCAGAAAAUCCUGAACCCUCCUAAGGCUGAUACACCAAUUAAUUUGAUGCUGCGGCCGGAAGAUGCCAUGUCGCGACCCAUCCAGUCAACAAGCUGUUCAUCAAAUAAUGUCCUCAUUCAAGUCACUGUGCCAAAGCGGACGGGCCGGAAGCGCAAGAGAGGCACGAAUGAUCCCUUCGUUGAUGCUACGCCGGAGAACGGAGAGCCCUUGCGGCGGCGCCCAGCAAAAGAUAUCAUGCGCAGUCUUAGCGACAAUCCCUCAAAGUAUAGGGUUGAAGCAGUGGGCAAGAUUGAUCGGACUCAUGUUUUUCGAGGUAUGCCUGACUUUGUCUACUCGACUAUGAACAGCGCCUUCACCAAUAAGUUUCGAGAACAAAUUCUUCCAUAUGAGUUGGAGAAGAUCAAGCAGUUCGAUAUCGAAAUGACAAAAGGCGCCACGCAGAACGUGGAUCUCAUUCCCCCUCCAUCCUUCAGCCAAGGAGAGGUGCCUUUCCAGUACAUAUACCGCCAAAACCCCAUGGUGAAAAAGGCCGUCGAUCAAUCCGGCGAAGUCACAACGGUCAACACGCAACAAGCAGCCCGAGUCCGCACUCACCUAGUCCCCUACGACAUCCCCCAAGUCCCAAACGAACCCCAAGAAGGCCUCCUCCCAAUCGAGGAACUCGAAAAAGGCCUACGCGCAACCAUCCAAUUCCUCGAAGAACUCUUCUCAAAGCGACCCGCAUGGACUCGCCGCGCAAUCCGCAAUUACCUCACCACCGACGAACAGCGAAACUUCCUCCGCCACGCCGUGCCCUACGUUGGCUACAUUUUCCGCUCUGGACCCUGGCGCGAUGCAAUCGUCAAACUGGGCCACGACCCGCGCACUUCCCCAGAUUACCGUGACUACCAGACCUUCAUGUUCCGCAUCUUACCGCGUGAAGCAGAGCUCGCCCGCGACGGCGGCACAGGCCGUCGCCACAAUAUCCCCCGUACAACAGUCGACGAGACGAGUCAAAACUCCGAACUGAAAAACACACACCACUUCACGGGCAAACUACCUCUACCACGCGACGGCCGGAUCUGGAUGGCCUGCGACAUUACAGACCCCGUCCUGAAAAAGAUCCUCUACCCGCCCAACCCACCAGAGAACUUCCUCCGACCGGACUGCGAGAUCAUCACGGACGGAUGGUUCGGUAACGGCACGCUGGCCAAAGUGAAAACGAUCAUGCGGUGGAAGAUCCAGGCGCUCAUCGAAGAUCGACAACCGCGCGACUCGGACUUUUGGCGUAUCAUUGCGUUCCCGGAUCAUGCGUACACGGAGGCUGAUUUGGGGCUGUUUACGGUUCCGUUGGAGGGGACGACUAGUCGGGAGGUUAGUAUGGCUACAGAGACGAGAGCUUCGAUUAAGGGGGCGCCGUUGUGGAGGAAGAUGCAUGAUCGGGGACGGGGGGAUUUGGAUGGGGAGAAGAUGGGGGUGUUGAAGAGGGCGAGGGGGAAGGGGAAGAAAGGGAAGGCUGUGGUGCUUGAGGUUGAGAGUGAAGAGGAGGUGGAUGUUGGUGGUAAUGGGGAGGAGAGUGAGGGUGAGGAAGAGGAGAUGGAGAGAGUGGAGAUGUGGGAGGAACAGGCUGCUGCUGCGGUGAAGGCUCGAGAGGGUGCGUUGGCUGAGGAGGAUGAUAACGAGGAUGAUAAUGAUGUUGAGGUUGAGGUUGAGGAUGAAGACGAGGACGAGGAUGACGAGGGUGAUGAAAUGGAUGGUGAUGAGUGA